AUGGGGCGAUUGAGAAUCGAUGCAUAUGGUACAACUCAAUUAAAGCAGCGAAUUAGUUCCUCUCAUAGAGAAUUGAAUGGUCAAUCACAAGUUCAUGAAAGUGGUUUGGGUGGAGGAGGUGGCAGCCGAAGUCUUAGUCAUAGUGCUGGCAUAGAUAGAGCUGGUGCUAGUGGUAGUACCCAAAAGCUUUCAAUUAGUGAUGCACUGUCUUAUUUAAAGGAAGAAGUUAAGGACGUGUUUCAAAGCCAAAGGGAGAAGUAUGACUUGUUCUUUGAUGUUAUGAAAGACUUUAAUGCUCAAAGAAUUGAUACUGCUGGUGUCAUAGCAAGAGUGAAAGUCUUGUUUAAAGGGCAUCCUAGAUUGAUUCUUGGAUUCAACUCUUUCUUGCCCAAGGGCUAUCAAACAAUCCUCAACAAUGAUAAUAAGGCUCCUCCAAGGAAAACAAUAGAGUUUGACGAAGCAAUCAGUUUUGUGAACAAAGUGCGGAAACGUUUCCAAAAUAAUGAUCAUGUGUACAAAUCCUUCCUAGACAUUUUGAACAUCUAUAGGAAGGAGCACAAGGGAAUCAAUGAGGUGUACCAUGAGGUUUCCAUACUUUUCAAUGACCAUCCAGAUUUGAUGGAUGAGUUCACUAGAUACUUGCCAAAUUCAGCUAUCGCCAAUCCGUUCCCACUGGAUAGGAUUAUUGGUCCUCUGAGAGACCUAGACUUGGAUGACGAUAAAACAAUGAUAAAGUUGCAUAAAGAGCAAAAGAGACGUGCUGGAAAAGAUAGCAGAGACGAAAGAACACAUGAUCAGGAUUAUAAAGAACCUGCUAAUGAGAAUGAAGGAGAUCUAAGCAUGCAGUGUCUCACUGAUAAAAUGAAAUCUGUUCUGAAGGUUGAAGAAUUUGGAGGACCUCAUGAAGAUAAAAAUGACCUGAUGAAAUAUACGUAUAGCCAAGGGUUCGCUUUCUGUGAAAGGGUAAAGGAAAGACUACGAAGUCCAACUGAUUAUCAAACAUUCUUAACAUGUCUUCGUAUUUACAGCAGAGAAAUAAUUACAAGGGAGCAGUUACAAAGUUUGGUUGCUAAUGUGCUUGGAAAACAUCCUGGUCUGAUGGAGGAUUUCAAUGAAUUUAUAGAGCGUUAUGAACGAGUUGUUGGAUUCCUUGCAAACGUAAUGAGCCAGAGAAAGUCGGAUGAAGGACAUACCUCCAAGUUAGUAAAGGGAGAGGAGAAAGAAUACAAAGAGCACAGGUGUAAAACCGAGGCUCCUCCAACUUAUCAAAUAAAAGAAGAAAAUGAAGUUCCUCUUGAAGAAGCUAUCAGCUUUGUGAGGAAAGUAAAGGUUGCCAUACUUCUCAAUGACCAUCCAGAUUUGCUUGAUGAGUUCACUAAAUUCUUGCCAGAUUCUUCAGCUCUUUCCGUGUUUAAGCAUUAUUUUGAUCGGUCAAUCAUCCUCUUUACUUCCUAA